UUGAGACCUGGUCAGAUGUAGCCGCUUAUCCUCGGCAGGUGAAAUCCGUACUGCAAUCCAUAAACCUACCGUAUUUACUAUUGCUGCUCUCCAAUUGUACAUUUGUCGACUCCCCCACUGUGACAUGCCCACGAAAUAUGACUCCUACCCACUAAGCUACCACUCCAAAGUGUUGGGUACACCGACUUUACUGACGCUUAUACCGUCGACCAAAGAUGAUCAAACGUCAUUGUAACGAGAAUACGCAAUCAAGUGGCAUGAAAUGCUGCAGAUUUCCCGCUUAUCAAAUGCCCGAGCCUCGUGGGUGACGGGACUGACAUCUCUACCUCAAUGUAGAUGGACAUCUUCUCGGAGUCCUCCACCAUGGCGGCCAGCGUCGACACUGGACGACUGGGUCGAUCGCCCAAUUCGUCCCAUCAGUCUGCGCCAGCUAUUCUUCUUCGGUCGCACUUUGACUGAGAGCCGCCUUCUCAGCUCUGCCAACUAUGUGCGAAUGGAAUUGCCAACUCGAAUUGCGCAUCGGCUCCGCGAGAUGCAACGUCUACCCUACGUCGUCGUGACCAACCCACACCUUUCCACAGUAUACGAAUUGUACUACAAGUCUUUCGAGACCUUUCGACGGACGCCGGUGAUCAGAACAGUGAAGGAGAACGAGGAUUUCUGCGAAGUCAUUACCGACAGUCUGAAAGAGCAUCUCGCUGUAAUACCGAAUCUGGUCAUGGGCGUACUUGAGUGUCAAGACCUCGUUCCGGCUGACACCAUGGACAAAUUUGUGCAGGCCAUGUUGCGAGCUAGAAUCUCGCGGCGAGUGAUUGCUGAACAACACCUCGCACUUACAGACACAUUCAAUUCGCCGUGGCACGUGGAACAACCAAGCGCCGAAGAUGAAUUUGUGGGUGAAGUCCUUCUUCGAUGCAAUGCAAAGGAUAUUGUCGAGCGAGUUGGGAAGUUCACCCAGGACCUCUGCAAGUCACUCGCUGGUCCUGAUGCGAUAGUGCCGGAGGUCAAGAUACAAGGACAUGUCAGCGCAACUUUCCCAUAUGUUCUAAGCCAUCUGGAAUAUAUCACUGGCGAACUACUGCGAAAUUCGAUCCAGGCAGUCAUGGCCAAGUACCCAGACCCGCGACAACCCCCACCACCAAUCGAGGUAUUGAUAUGUGAAGCACCUCAGCAGGUUGUCAUCCGCAUCUCGGACCAAGGAGGAGGCGUCCCGCGCGAGAUUGCGCCAUUUCUAUGGUCUUUUAACAAAGGGCCCAGAAGCGCUGAAAGGCUUCAGAAAUUCAAAGACGUGCCAACUCUGGCCGCGACCAUGCAGGAAGUUCGACAACCCGCCGGAAACAAGCCGACUGGGAAGUUUAAAGACUCUUCUUUAAGCAGCCUCGCAUCCCGACCGCCUGAUCUGAGACUGGGUAUGGGGCUACCCAUGAGCAGAGUCUACGCAGAGUACUGGGCGGGUGGUCUUGAGCUCCACAGUCUUGAAGGAUACGGAGUCGACGCCUUUCUACAGAUAUCGAAGAUAGGCAACCAGAACGAGCAACUCACUUCUCGUGCAAGUAUAGAUGCAGUGUGAAGGAUGAGUGAAAUGAAGGAAGACUUAUAAUGUAUCGCAGGCGGAUCGAAUCUGGUUUCUUGAAUGCUUGCUUGAUGGGAUUGAAGAUUCUAUCUCAAAUUAACGCCAUCAGCAAAUGUGCUUCAAGGCCAAGAGGUAGAUGAAUCGAUAGUACAGAGACUUCGGUCAGAUUAUGCCUUUAACCUCAUGCUCGACCAGCACUUUAUGCAGAACAUGC